AUGUUACUAAAAUCGGGACCAAAGCGGGACAGGAAACGCCGAAAAAUCACUUUUCAGGACAACCUAUCUCCGAUUUAUCUUGGCGAACCCUGUACAUCUAAUACCUUUUUCGUUUUUGUUCUUCACCUUCGGCGGCCCUCAUUAACGACGACCUUACUCGACUUUAACCCCUCGAAAUCGGACGCGCAGGUUCCUGGCUACGGCUUCGGCAUUGCAGUGAGUGGCGGCCGCGACAACCCUCACUUUGUGAACGGCGAGCCCUCCAUAGCCAUCUCCGACGUGCUCAAGGCGGGUCCUGCCGAAGGAAAGCUCACAAUCAACGAUCGGGUCGUCAGUGCCAAUGGACUGUCGUUGGAAAACGUAGAUUAUGCCACAGCUGUACAGGUUCUUCGGGAGUGUGGUAACUCAGUCAAUCUGGUCAUCAAACGUCGAGUCGUGCUGCCAUCUGAGGGGGUGGAACCUCAAACUCUCAAGGUCACACUUACAAAAGCAAAAAAGAAAGAUGAUUAUGGCGUCGUUUUAGGCUGCCGCAUCUACAUCAAGGAAAUCAACAACAGGUCCAUCGCGGAAAAGGACGGCGGAAUUCAGGAAGGAGACGUCGUGCUCAAGAUCAACAACACGACGAUAGACGGGAUGACGCUGAAAGAGGCACGGAAACUUCUGGAGAGCAGCAAGGAGAGGCUCCAGCUGGUGCUCAGGAGAGAAGGUAGGCCCACCACGGCAGCGGAGCAGACGCGGUGGUCGUCCGGCCACAACUUCGACCUGGCAGCGAACAACAAAGAUGGCGGAACAAACUUUGUGCCCUCUCCACGCUCACAGUGGGCCAAUCAGAAUCUCUACGUUCAGCCGCCGACACGAGGCGACUUCAGGCCACCACCUCCACCAGAAAGGUCGGACGAAAAAAGCAAUCUCUCCAGGUCCCAAACAGGUCGUAACCGUGGACCAAUAAUGGACAUCUCUCUGAGUCAGUUGGAUCAGCCAGCCGGCACCAUGGGUCAGGACCCCGACGCGCCUCCCAGGCCCCCACCUCCCAGAGUCAAUGGUGAACCUUUCACUUCUUCACCUGAACCACGACUUCACCUGAACCCUUCAGAAUACGGUUCGAGACGGGAAAAAUUUGAUGACGAUCCACUGUCCAGGAGAAGUAAAGCAACAGCGCAGGAGCCUCGGUACAUAACUUUCCAGAAAGAGGGCAGCGUCGGCAUUCGACUGACGGGGGGGAACCAGACGGGGAUCUUUGUGACGGCCGUGCAGCCCGGAAGUCCCGCGUCGCUGCAGGGGUUGCAGCCCGGGGAUAAAAUCCUCAAGGUCAACAACAUGGACAUGAGAGGCGUCACGCGGGAAGAAGCGGUGCUGCUCUUGCUCAACCUUCAGGAGCAGGUACAGCUUGUGGCCCAACACUGCCGAGACGAAUAUGAUGAGAUAGUCACAAAUCAGAAGGGGGAUUCUUUCUACAUAAGGACGCAUUUCAGUUACGAUGCGGCAGGAAAAGGAGAACUGGCCUUCCACGUUGGGGAUGUAUUUCACGUCGUGGACACAUUACACAACGGCACCGUGGGAUCUUGGCUCGUGUUUCGACUUGGACGAAAUAACCAGGAAAUUCAGAAGGGUGUCAUCCCGAACAGGACGAGAGCUGAAGAACUGGCCCAGGAGCAGCACACGUUGGCGAAAAAGGAAGCCGCAGCUGCGGAGAGCCGCGGGUCUUUUUUCAAACGUAGGAGCGCACGUCGUUCAAAGUCUCUCUGCAAGGACAACUGGGAAGAAGCUGUCUUUGCAGAUGGGAUGUCCAAGUUUCCAGCUUACGAAAGAGUCACCCUCAGGCACCCUGGUUUCAUUCGACCGGUGGUUCUGUUUGGUCCCUUGGGUGACGUUGCUCGGGAGAAGCUCCUCAGGGACUACCCCGACAAGUAUGCAUCACCACAAAUGGAUGGUCACCUGGAUGACCUGCCAAAGAGCCAAAAAUCCUCCGGAAUAAUUCGACUGAGUGCGAUCAGGGAGAUCAUUGAAAAGGGCAAACAUGCGCUGCUGGACAUCACACCGAGCGCAGUCGAUCGCCUGAACUACGCCCAGUUCUACCCCGUCGUGGUGUUCAUGCGUGCGGAGAGCAAGCACACGGUGAAGGAACUGCGGUCACGCGUCGCAAAGUCUGGUCACAAGAGUUCCCGAAAGCUCUACGAGCAUGCCGUGAAGCUCGAACGCCUCUGGAGCCACAUCUUCACCGCUACGGUGACGCUGACGAGCGCAGACAUGUGGUACAAGAAGCUGAGAGAAACGAUAGAGAAGCAGCAGCAGGUCAGCAUCUGGGUGUCCGAAACAAAGCCGGACGAAGCCAUCUCCGACGACUUCCUCUUCCCAAUGACCUCACGACUGAGCUAUGCGUCCUCUCCGGAGAGUGACCUAGACCUGGCGUCGUCUCCCGACGGGCGCAGCCUGGCCAAUGACCGCCGGCUCGUACGUGCAUCGAGCGAUCCCAGCGUAGCCACCCAGGAGGAUGGGUUUGGACAGCAACACCCACCACCACCACCCUAUUCUUCUGCUGCUGGAGUACCCAGAGGGAGACAGGACCCAAUUUCACAUUCCCAGAUGAACAACCAGGAAUAUGCCAGCAACAAAAGAAACACACUGACAUCCGAACAGAGGUACCAGGCGACGUACCCAGGAGCUGAACCCGGCAGUCCGAGGGACCAGCAGUAUUACAACAACAUGAACGGCCACAUUGGAACCGACACUUACGGCACCGCCGAUCAGUAUGGCACGAGUCGUAUCAACACAGACUCUCAGGAUUUGUACGGAACCAAGACACGUGACCCGGAGCCGCCACCUCAGGUGGACCGGGGGAGUAAACCUCCUCGCUUUGCCCGCAGUGCGCAGGAGAGGCUCUUCGGUUCUCCAGGGCGAGGAGGUGGAGAGCCUCCUCCGCCGGCUGUGCCAGUGCCACCUGCUGGGAUGAGCCCAGACUACAUCAACACACCCGCUCCCGCCAAGUCGGCAUCCCUGGACAGGCCAAACGGCAGAGCAGUUAACGCCUACGACAGUUCGUCCUACAGCAGCGACUCCUACAGCAGGUACGCAGGAGGCGGAACGCCGCACGACCCAUACCGCUACACCCGCAGCACGGUGCAGCCGUCGCAUGGAAGACCCCCUGGUCCGCCUGAGCGUGGCCAGCAUGUGCCACAGUCUCCCACAAGGCCAACCUCCGAUCGCCAGCCACCCCUGUCUCCGCCCAAGCCCGCCGGCUAUCCGCAGAGGUUAUCGGACGGGCGCCCAGUUCCUCCUCCCAAACCGGCCCACUAUCGACCGCGCCCUUGGGCGGGCGACGAACCGGGCCCGCCUCCGCGCCCGGCUCCCGAGCCCGGCCCCCCGCCGUACAGCCGCGCCAGCCUCGACGCCAACGGGUACUACGGGGCCAACGGCAUGCCGCCGGAGUACCGGCGCAGCCGGGCGUCGCACGACGCGGCGGACGCCUACGCGCGCGCCAACGGGGGACCCUACCUGAACGUGCCUUAUCCGCCGCAGCGGCCCCCUCCUCCGCCGUCGAGCCUGCUGGACCUGUCGAACCGCGAGAACCGCGGCAGUGCUUUCGAACUGUACCGCAAACCCGACCAGCGAAUGGGAAGCCACAUCGGACUAGGGGGUCCGCCGGAAUACGCAAACAUUACAUACCCAGAGCCGCCAACAGCGGACGGCGAGGAAGACUUCCCUGGAAACGUCGUCGGAACAGCGAGCGGAGUUUUCGACUCCGCGGGAGGAGUCCUGAACUCCCCCGAGACGGGAGUCAGCAUCGUGAUCCCGCCGGGAGCCCUGCCCGACGGGGUUCAACAGGAGGUGUUCUUCAAGGUGUGCCAAGACAGCAACAUGUUGCCGCCCCUCGACAAGGAGAAAGGUGAGACUCUGCUGAGUCCGCUCGUCAUGUGCGGACCGCACGGCCUCAAGUUCGACAAACCCGUGGAACUGCGUCUGCCCCACUGUGCUGCUCUCAACCCUGAGAGCUGGUCCUUUGCGCUCAAGUCCAGUGACACUCCAGAUGGAAAACCGGCCGAGUGGCAGAAUGUCUCGCUGGACAACAUGGAUGGCGUCAUGUCCAGCCAUAUCAAGGAGAAACACGUCUCUGUACUAGUGGACCAUUUCUAGUGCCUUCUUAUGUACAUAGCUUUUGUGGCGCUUUUCACCUUACUGUUUAGCUAGUAUUUAACAUUGCGGAACAUUCAACAAUGCAUACUUGUAGGAGGAGGAGCAUGAAUAUCAUUGCCAGGUUGCAGAUUUCAGUCGAGCUGCCUGUUUCAUCGAAAAUAUUAGGCUGUUUCGCGGGUCUUUUGCUGUGAGGAAAGCCAAGAUAUGUACUGAGGACAGAGCCAUUGCGCAUGUUUCAAAGGAUAACACGGAUUUUAAAGGAUAAGAAGCCUAGCUAGCCUAAACAAGAAUUCCUCUGCCUAGAAAUACCUACUAUUAGCAUAUUUAGGCACAGGAAAGUGCUAGGCAGCUGCACUGUGUGUGCCUUAAAAUUCUCUGGGGACUUGCAGUUUGUGAGCACGUCUAACAGUUCUUAUGGUGGGUAAAAAGAAUGCAUUUUGGCAGUUAUUGUACUGUUGCCUUAAGAUACCUGGUUUUCUUGUGUAAUGUGAAAAAUUGUGGGUACAGUUAAUUUUCUCAUGGGCAGCAAGCAUGACAUAGCAUCUUAUCCCUAAUGCACAUAUGUACACUCAUGUGAAGCUCGCUUCCAGAGUGGCAGUGGAGACAGUG